CUCCUGACUUUGCACGGAGCCACCGGAGCUCCCCCCAGCUUCGUCGUGCUGCUGGCGGAUGACUUGGGCUUCGGGGACUUGGGGUGCUACGGGCACCCUUCUUCUGACACACCCAGCCUAGACUGGAUGGCUUCCCAAGGGCUGCGCUUCACCAACUUCUACAGCAGCUCCCCAGUGUGCAGCCCGUCACGGGCAGCCCUGCUGACGGGCCGGUUCCAGAUGCGCUCUGGGGUUUACCCUGGUGUGUUCUACCCUGACUCAAGGGGAGGGCUGCCGCUUGCUGAGGUCACCAUCGCUGAGGUGCUGAAGGCUCAGGGCUAUGCCACAGCCAUGGUUGGUAAAUGGCACCUUGGCCUGGGCAUUAAUGGAUCCUUCCUGCCCAUCCACCAGGGUUUUGACCACUUCUUGGGGGUGCCCUACUCCCAUGACCAGGGCCCCUGCCAGAAUCUCACCUGCUUCCCACCUGACACCAAGUGCUUUGGGACUUGUGACCAGGGCUUAGUGCCAGUCCCACUGCUGUGGAACCAGACCAUUGUGCAGCAGCCAGUCUCCUUUCCUCAGCUGGUGCCACUCUACAACAAGUUCUCCGGGGACUUCAUCGCCAACUGUGCCCGCCGAGGCCUCCCGUUCCUGCUCUACUAUGCCUCCCAUCACACACACUACCCCCAGUUCGCCAGCCAGCAGUUCGUGGGGCGGUCGCGCCGUGGGCCCUUCGGUGAUGCCCUUCUGGAGUUUGAUGCCUCAGUGGGACACCUGCUGCAGGCACUGCAGGAGAAUGGAGUUGCCAACAACACCUUGGUCUUCUUCACCUCUGACAACGGCCCCUCCACCAUGCGGAUGGCACGCGGGGGCAGCGCCGGCCUGCUGAGGUGUGGGAAGGGCACCACAUAUGAAGGUGGCAUGCGGGAGCCAGCGCUGGCCUACUGGCCCGGCUGCAUCGCUCCAGGAGUGACGCAUGAGCUGGCGAGCACCCUGGACAUCCUGCCCACACUGACUGCCCUAGCUGGAGCCACCCUUCCCAAGGUUGCCCUGGAUGGCUAUGACCUGAGCCCGGUGCUGUUUGGAUCUGGGCAGAGCCCCCGGCGGACAAUGUUCUUCUACCCACCGUCGCCCAGUGCCCUGCACGGCCCCUUUGCAGUGAGGCUGGGCAGGCACAAGGCUCACUACUUCACACAAGGUUCUUUUCACAGUGACACAACGCCAGACCAGGCCUGCCACGGGCUGACCCCCCUGACGCCUCACGUGCCCCCCCUGCUCUUUGACCUGGACUCAGACCCAGCCGAGAACUAUGACCUGCUGCAGAGGGCUGCAGGGCCUGAGGUGCUGCAGGUGCUGCAGGAGAUCAAGCAGCAGAAAGUGCUCUUUGAGCAGUGCUUGCAGUUUGGGGAAAGCCAGAUGAACAAGGGCAGGGACCCUGCCCUGCAGCCCUGCUGUGUGCCAAGCUGCACUCCCAAGCCUGCCUGCUGCCACUGCUCCUAG